UGAGAACCACUGCUCAACACAACGGUUGUUUGUUGUUCAAAGUGUCUCGAGUUCAAAUAAUUGUAUACAUUGUACUUAUCAAAUUAGAAAUAAUUGAAAUAACAACUUAUUAAAAUGCACAAUAACGAUCUUGAUUAACAAGUGAAGUGGUGAAACUUUUUCUAAUCUACUAUGUGAUUUUAAUGGUGUUAGUUUAAAGAAAAAGCGUUCGAAAAUGAAUCCUACAAUGACAUUGGAGGAAAAGAAGGCACGUUUAAAAAGUCAAAUAAAACUUUUAGAACGUUUAAAAAAUGAUACGAAAAAUAAUAUUGAAAAUUUCGACGAAAACAAUCAGAAUGAAAUGAAUAAUUAUUCAUUUGUAACAACAAAUUCCGAUGAUGAAACAUCAAGUACAUUGAAAAUAAAAGAUGAAUUAUUAAAAUUAGCUGGACUACGUUGUAUUAAAAUUGUCAAGGAUGAUUAUGUUUUUGAAUUUACAGUAAAGGGAGAAGAUAAUAAACGAAUUAAUUAUUUUGUUCAAUUAUUGAAAGUCGACAAUGUUAUAAAAUUAGGUAAAUGGAAUUUUCCACUUUUACUCGAUGUCAAUGAUAUUUGGAAUGAAAUAAAAGUUGUCGAUGUUAAUACGCUCUCUCAAUUUCUUCGAAAAUGCAAACACUGUAUUGAUUGCUAUCAUCGCAGAAUGAGUCAAUUUAUAAAAUUUCAGAAUUCUAUGCAAAAAUGCGGAAAUUGCGUAGUCAACAGAGAUGGAGGGUACAGAUGUUUUAUGAUUGAAUUACUUCAAGUUAAUAAUGUGAAAACGAAUAAUUAUAUGAACAUUAUAGUUUAUCUGCAGUACAAUCUUGAGGAAAUUAGACCUUUUAAAAUUAAAGUAGAAUCACAAUUCGAUGGUCCACUUCCGCCAGAAACGGAGAAAGAUAUCAAGCCAUUUCUAAAACCUUUCAAACAAUUAGAUUUGACGGAUGCGCUCGAAACUGUGGAGUAUAAAGAAAAUCAUUUGUUUUCUUGGCAGAGAGCCGAAAGAGAUUAUACUUUAAUUAACGAUGUGGAUUUGGAUGAAACUUCACCGACGAGGAAGCGAUCUUCGAGUAAACGUACUGGAAAAAUUAAUAAGCGCUCCGGAAGUUCAAAUUCAAAAAAGGAGCAAUCGAAAGGAAAUCAAACUGAUAUUGCUAAAUAUUUUAAGAAACCAAAAUCUGUAGCUGCAACUAAAAAGAAAUCGCAAAGUACUUCGAAAGAACAGUCGGAACAAGAAAGUUCUUCGAAGGAACAGUCGGAACAAGAGAGUUCAUCGAAAAUUUCAACGCCCUUAAAGAAAAAACAACCGAAAUUAAAGCGAUUGGAGACAAAUAAAAAUAAAUAUGCAAAAAAAUCAAAAACAGUACCAAAGCAAAAUGAAGAUCACUCAUCAACGGAACUCAGCGAACAGAAUACAAAUAACGGAACACAGAGUAUUAUAAAAGAGAAAAAAAUUUUACAAUCUCCAAAUUCAUUCUCAAACGAGACGACUCCAAAGAAAAAUCCCCCACAAAAAAGUGGAGGAAUAAUCAAAUCAUUAAAAAUUCAAACUCAAAUUCAAGCAAAAUCGACGACAAAUUUAAGUCCAAGGAGAAAUUCACCACGAAAAUUGGGACAAUUAUCAAGUUUAUCGUCAAGUUCAAGUCCAAGAAGAAAUUCACCACGAAAAUUGGGACAAUUAUCAACAAAUUCAAGUUCAAGGAGAAAUUCACCGCGAAAACAGGGACAAUUAUCAAAUUCGAGUCCAAAGAAGAAUUCUUCUUCUUCCCAAAAAGUGGGAAUAUUUAAAAAAUUAUCACCGAAAAAUGACGCCAGUCAAAAGAAGAAACUCGCGUCAAAAUUAAGUGGACCAUUAAAAAAACCCUCAAAAGCAGUUCAAUCGAAAAAAUUGGAAACUCUCAAGAAACUAGUAGCGCCACAAGUUCAAAUUACGUCACCAACUCCUAACGUUAAAUUGAAACAGACAAGUUUACAAUUAACAAAAAUCGAUAAACCAAAUCCAAGAAAAUCAAUAAUUAAUUUAAAUAAUUCUGAAUAUGUUCUAAGGACAAAAAUUGUCACAAGCACACCUCAUGUUGAAAGAAAAAAACGUUUAAGACAAUCUCUGGUAGAUAUGAAUAUAAGUGAAAUUAAAAAUACAAAGAAAAAUGUCUCAAAAAGUCCCUCAAAACGAACAAUUAAGAAGUCGAAUAAAGUGAUAAAAAAAUAAUUCAGGAAAUAAGCAAAAUGAACUUUACUUUCAUAUUAUUUUCCUAGGUGAAUUAAUUUUGUAAAUAAUUUAACAAAUAACAGUGAAAAAAAACUUUGAAAACAUUCUGUAUUUAUUCAACUUUAUUGUUCAUUUUUUUGUCUGUUGACGAAUAAAAUUGUAUUUCAAAUUUAUUAAAUUAA